GAAGCGGACGCGUUUUGUUCACAGUUUUCCUGAAAACGUUAGUGAAAGAUCACGGCUAAGGGAAAGUCGUACUCGAGUGCCAUGUGAUCAAUGCAAAAGUAUGCGCACCUAACUUAAAGUGAUCGUGUAUUUUCAUUUACUGUACUUCAUACCAAAAUGGCACAAAAUGUACACUAAAAACUCGUUUACAUAAAUGUAAAACUAAAAAUUAAGAAGCUUGUGUGGAAAAAUCAACUUUUAAAACUCAUCAAAUUAUAUCAACCAUCAUCAUAAAAUGGUUUUGCGAGAUUGGUUUUGCUUAAACGUUGUACAUAUUAAGUGAAUGCCAAAGUAGAAAAAAACAGGAAAAAAUUCUGAAAUUUGGUAAUUGCCACGAGCCAAAAACUGCGAUAACAAAACCGUGUGAAAAACUUCGAACAAAAGCGAAAACACAAACAAGCCCAGAGGCGUUUUGAAAAAACCAGCGUGGCUGAGAGGUGGUAAAAACUGAGCCAGUAGAUCCGAGAGGAUGCACUUUGGCCAGGAGACGAGGCCAUCAUUGGGGCUCCUGGCUGUGGCUGAGUCGACCGCAACGGCAAGUUGAUGUUGCCCCCGUCCUGGCAUCUAAUUGGGGCCCUCCUCGUGCUCGCGGCAACAGCGGGGGACUCCACCAACAAGAUCAUCUUGCCGCAGAUUCUAAACGGUGGCGUCGGCGGGGGCGUUGGAAUUGCCCAGGGCAAACAUCCGUCCGGCUCGAAGACCGUGUCGGUUGGAGCGGUUCCAAAUUUCGGAGGAGCAGCAAUCGGAGGAGCGGGAGGCGGAGGAGGUGGAGGAGGAGGACCUGUGGCUGGCAGCGGAACCGGAAGCACGGUGGUCGGGAGCAAUGGCGUGAUUGUGGCCGGAGGCGGGGCCAAUGUGCCGACUUCGAAUUUAAACAUUGUCGUCGAAGAACCCGAAUUUACUGAAUACAUCGAAAAUGUAACUGUACCUGCUGGACGUAAUGUUAAACUCGGCUGCUCCGUUAAAAAUCUGGGCUCAUAUAAGGUCGCCUGGAUGCACUUCGAGCAGUCCGCCAUUCUGACCGUUCACAAUCACGUGAUCACGCGAAAUCCGCGCAUCAGUGUCACGCACGACAAGCACGACCGGCAUCGCACGUGGUAUUUGCAUAUUAACAACGUGCACGAGGAGGACAGGGGUCGGUAUAUGUGCCAGAUCAAUACCGUGACGGCCAAAACGCAGUUUGGCUACCUGAACGUUGUCGUUCCCCCCAACAUCGAUGACUCGCUGAGCUCCAGCGAUGUGAUUGUGCGGGAGGGCGCCAACAUUUCGCUGAGGUGUCGGGCGAGCGGCAGUCCCAGACCCAUUAUCAAAUGGAAGCGCGACGAUAACUCCCGCAUAGCCAUCAAUAAGAAUCACAUAGUGAACGAGUGGGAGGGCGACACCCUCGAGAUAACUCGCAUCUCCCGACUGGACAUGGGCGCCUAUCUGUGCAUCGCCUCCAAUGGGGUUCCUCCCACGGUUUCCAAGCGCAUCAAAGUCAGCGUGGACUUUCCUCCAAUGCUGCUUAUACCUCAUCAAUUGGUUGGUGCUCCAGAAGGUUUCAACGUGACCAUCGAAUGCUUCACCGAGGCACAUCCCACAUCUCUGAACUAUUGGACACGUGGCGAGGGACCAAUCAUCCACGAUUCGCACAAGUACAAAGUUGAAGCUACAGUCGGAUUGCCUGCUUAUAAAACCCAUAUGAAGCUGACCAUUAUCAAUGUGUCGAGUGGCGACGAUGGCAUCUACAAAUGUGUGGCCAAGAAUCCCAGAGGCGAAACGGAUGGCAUUAUACGAUUAUACGUAUCCUAUCCACCAACUACUGCCUCAUCGGGUCUGUACUCCACCGAUUCGCAUUGGGGAGAGAACGGGAUCAACAACAACUAUGCCUACGGUGGCUCCGACUCCACGCGAUCCAUUUAUGCGCAGGAUAAAAAUACGCGAUAUCAAUCGAAUUUGAACGAAAUCGGUUUAUCUGAACAAAAAUCCUUCCUAGAUAAGACGCAGAAUCCGCUGUUGGCCAGCGGCAAUGCCAACGAGGCGGAUGCGGAAUCCAACGGAUGCGGAAUCCACAGCCCUUCGAUGGCCAUUGCGUGGCUAUUCGUCGUCGUCUCGACAUCGUUGUUAACAAUCCGAUCUGCGGUUGGUUCUAGCCCUAGCGUAAGUCUAUGUUAGUUAAUGCAAAUCUAGCCUAGAGUUAUCCAUUUCAACUAUGUAUGGGAUUAGCUGGUAAGGCUUCACGUAAAGUUAGCGAAUAAAGUAUACAAAGAUAUGUACGUGUAAUCGACUAGUCCCUAGAAAAACAGACCCUAAUUACGAUCCGCCCUUCCCCCAUAUAUAUACCCACGUAUAUGUGAGACACCAGGCCCAACUGAGCUUGGUAAGCAGACAUAUGUAUAGCCAUCAAUCACAAACCCCUCGUCGGGAGUCUAUAUACACUCAUAUCUGCAUCUAUGUCUAGGAGGUAAGAUAAAGCAACCAACCAAAGGGUAAAUGCAAUUUCAUUUUGCUUUCAAUGCUGUGCUUCAAACUGAGAAAGUUUCAUAGUUACCACAUAAUAUACCACGGUCUAUAUAAAUAUGCAUACACUUCUAUAUAUUCGUGCGUUAAACGCUGCUGACUCACUCUUGCAUAUAAGAUUACAGACACCUAAUAUUAUUAUUAUGCAUAUGCCUUAAGGAUUGCAAGCUGAAAUGCAAAUUAAACUUAGAAAAAUAAGCCACCACACACAUAUCGAUCAUGGAAAUUGUUUAAGUAAGCCAAAAGUACCGAAACACGAUAACUUUUUUGUAGAUAUAGUUUGAGUUGAGUUAGGGACACGUUUUUGAAAUUUCACAAAAAAAACUUUAAAUAUUUCUUACAGUUAGGUAAUCUAUAAAGGCCAAAAUUCAAUUAUAUAAUUUAAUAAUC